CGCAACGCUGUGUUCGUCUAGCAGCAACUGCGACCCACCAGCGCACGACCACGUUCACCUAAUUUCGACCUCGUCACUUACUAGUCAAUUGACCUAAUCAUCGAACCUUCAAUUUUCACUUGUCGCCAACUGACGAGGCCAGACGAGAUUUACACCGCAGCGUACCGUCCACCGUGUUACCGGCGGAUCAACCAAGGACCACUCGAACCUUUGCCGCGCUCACGGUUUACACCUGUUAACCGAGUCGAGCCGUCGCGCUCUUCUACUCGCUGCUUUCUGUACAGGAAUACUUCGGUACAAAUGAUGAAAGGUCGGCACCAGUUUCGUCGCCGUUUCAGUCUACAACCGUCAUCGCUGAAGGAGGGUCAGGAAGAUGGUACGACGAAGAACGUUAGAAAUGAAAGAUUGUCGGAAUCGGACAGCGGCGGCGGAAAACAAACGGAGAGUUCUAUAAGAUACAAAAUCGUGGUGAUGGGAGCAGCGAAGGUUGGGAAAUCGGCCAUUAUCAAUCAGUUUCUCUACAACACCUUCACUCCGAAAUACAAACGAACCGUGGAGGAGAUGCACCACGGCGAUUUCAACGUAUCCGGGAUACAUUUGACGCUAAACAUCUUGGAUACGUCGGGCUCGUACGAGUUCCCGGCUAUGAGAGACCUUUCGAUCAAAUGCGCGGAUGCUUUCAUCCUCGUCUACGACGUUCACGACGCCAACACCUUUCUCGAGGUGAAGACUCUGAGAUCCGAAAUCCUCAGCAAGAAGGGUGCGGUGCCGAUCGUAAUCGUCGGCAAUAAGGUCGAUCUGAUCGACUCCGAACAAGAGGUGGACAGCGAGAGCACCAGAGAACUAGUCACCACGAAAUGGAACAACGGAUUCGUGGAGGUGUCGGCAAAGGAGAACCUGAAUAUCACGCAGGUGUUCAAAGAAUUGUUAACACAAGCAAAGAUGAAAUACAAUUUGAGCCCGGAACUACGACGACGUCGCCGGCAAUCGUUGCCACCACCGCAACAUUUAAAUUCCCGUAGCAGCAGCGCUCACGUUCCAUCGCCAGCUCAAUUGCAACAUUUGCAACAGAUUCGCGAGCGUUCCGAAUCCAAGAGGAAUUCCUGCAUUCUCUCGUAAACAGUAGCUGCUAUGUUUCAGCAGAUCCGAUAGAGACGGGGCGAAACAAGCCGAAGAGAAUGGGGGAAACUAUACUACGACGAUUCUAUUAGCGAUUCCAUUCGCUCGGAUCGAUCGAUAUUCUCGUUUCGACGUCGCUGCCUCGCACGCUCGAUAGAAACCACGAUUAAAACGGUCCUUCGAUGGUUUAAACGCCAUCGUGGAUACGUCGUGGGUGAAAUAUCGAAGGCCAGCUUGUACCCGUGAAAAACGGUGAAUUUCUUUCAUUUUUCGCUAAACGAUCGACGUCGAGACGGAGGGGUACGACCGCGAGAUCCUACGCGUUACAUUUGAAACUCUCCAGGAAAGAUUUUACCGUAGAAAUGGCCUCCGAUUCUGACGAAACUUUUACCAAAGAUAUGGUUCGAAUCUUCCGUCGUCUUAGACUGUCGCGCUGAUUUCAAUCGUACAAAGAAACGAUUCGAUGAAGAUAAAUCGAUGUUUACUGUUCGACAAUUCAAUGUGUAUAGGACGAGUCAAAGUACUUGAUGUAUCUCUAUUUUGUCUUCGACUGAACACACGCGUGUCCUGAAAUUCGAUCAAGAAGUUCUUGUUCCAUUCUAAAAUAGUUGUAGAAAAAGAAAACUUGCAUCACCGGGAUAUUUUACGAUCUACCGUUAAUAGGAAAUCACUGUUUCUGGUGAUCUAUCGUUUCAGUUUUCUUCUCGUGCAGAAAUGAAACGAUGCAAACGUGGUGUUGACGAGAAAAAGUAUAACCGAACCAAAAGAUGUAUACGUUAAGUUUAACAUAUUUAUUCCGAAUUAUCAAAAAACCAUAGGGGUCCCAGAUUUUGCAGGCAUACCAAAGUAUCCUACAAAAAUAUCCUACUUCAGGGUUGUCUCCCACUGCCCGUUCAACAUCUUAUUAAUCCAAUGUAUACAACACGCCCAAGAAACAUUUUAUAAAUCCAUUACUUGGCUAGUCGAUCGAAUGAAUUUACAUUUAAAUCGCCUACGCUGUUCUUUAUACAUACUAUAUUAUAUACAUGUAUCUAUACGCAAUUGAUUUAAAGAAAAAAAGAAAGAAAAAUAA